AUGGUCUCCAACAGACCUAAAGGUAGCCAAAUAACCAUCCGCCAAGUCCUCGGGCAGUUCGGCUAUUCGGGCACGCCUUCGGGCAGCCGGGACCUGGACCGGUUCGUGAGGAGGAGGGAUUACUACCGGAGGGUGGGCAAGGCGUGGAAGAGGGGUUACCUGCUGUACGGGCCGCCGGGGACGGGGAAGUCAAGCCUUGUGGCGGCGAUGGCCAACUACCUGAAGUUCGAUGUCUACGAUCUGGAGCUCACCAGCGUGUACUCGAAUUCGGAUCUCAGGAGGACACUGCUGAGCACCAACAAUCGGUCAAUUAUCGUGAUUGAGGAUGUUGAUUGCAGCGCGCAGAUGCACGAUAGGGACGGGGAAUCGGACGGGGACUCGAACUCUGAGCGUGGAAACUCGUCUGGUCACGAGCUUACAUUGUCGGGCAUGUUGAAUUUCAUAGACGGGCUAUGGUCCACCUGCGGAGAUGAAAGGAUAAUUAUUUUCACUACUAACCACAAAGAAAAAUUGGACCCGGCCCUUUUACGGCCCGGUCGAAUGGACAUGCACAUUCACAUGGGUUACUGCACGCCGGAGGGUUUCGACGUCUUGGUCUUGAAUUACUUGGAAAUCAACGAUCAUCCGUUGUUUUCUGAAAUUAAAGAGUUAAUUCGAGAAAUUGAGGUAACUCCUGCAGAGAUUGCAGAGCACUUGAUGAGGAACGAGGAUCCAAGCCUCGCCCUUGAGGGUGUACUCAAUUUGUUGAAGCAAAAAAAGAAGGUGGAAAAUGUGAAAAAUGAGAAGAGUGAGGCUAAGGAAAAUGAAAUAAAUGGAGAUUAUGAUGAGUGUAAUGGUGUGGUGGAAAAGAAAAGGAAAAGUGGCCAGCAAGAGGGUGUUAUUCUAGGGACGACCCAUGGAACGAUCUCGAUGUGUCCAUGCCUAUCAGGAUGGACUUAUGGAUGUAGGAGCAACCUCGGCUCCGAGAUGUGCAGAAGGAGGGAACUGAAUCCUUUAUUUGGGACAAGGUACGGUUCAGCUGGGCCCAAGGAGAAUUUGCUUAACAAAACGAAGGGCUAA